AUGCGUGUCCACGCCCUCUCCGCCCUGUCCCUUGUUGGACUCGCUACCGCUGCCGCGGCAAACCAGAUUGACGCACGGCAGCAGACACUCGAUGAAGGCUCCUUUGACUGCUUGAGCAGCAUCAUGGCGCUCCUAAAGGCGACCCCCACGGUACCGGCCGAUCUCUCAGCUGCCACGGACGGCUGCGUCCCGAGCUCGCUGACCGCGGCCGCUUCCAGCAUCAGCUCUGAGGCAAAGGUCUGGUACACGAGUUUCCUCUCCGCCGUCACCGACUGCCCUGCCUGGCCGUCCACAUCCGCGCUCCCGCCUCUCGAGGAUGGCGACAUUGUGGUCUGCACGGGUCAGCAGCCCAGCAGCGCUGCAACUGCUGUCGCUACCACGACGUCAGCUUCCGGCAACGCGGUCGCGACAAGCGCCAACCCAACAACAUCCAGCACGAGCUCCGUCUCGGCGGCUGCAUCGGGAACUGGAUCUGCCGCCACCACCUCGGCUCGCUCGUCGUCGGCUGCUUCGGGCUCCGCGGGUCGCAGUGCUACGACCAGCUCGUCUCAGUCGGCCAAUGCUGCGGCUCGCGAGACUGGUGUCGUCUUUGCUGCUGCUGCUGUCGCCAUGGCUGCGCUUGGUGCGGCUGCGCUGUGA